GCAACAUACGAGAUGGGUUUUAUCACCUUCGUAGGGUUCUUCUUCUUCUUCUUCUUCUUCUUCUUCAUUCUCAUUUUCCGAUCGAUUCGCCGUCGCAGAAAUGACGAAGCUCAGGAAGCUCGGCCGGCACACGGGUCACCGUAUGUCCAUGCUCAGGACGCUGGUAUCUCAAUUGGUGAAACACGAGCGAAUCGAGACCACUGUUACUAAGGCUAAAGAGGUUCGUCGUCUUGCUGAUAACAUGGUUCAACUCGGCAAAGAGGGCUCACUGGAUGCAGCUAGGCGAGCUGCUGGGUUUGUUAGAGGAGACGAUGUGAUUCACAAGAUCUUCACGGAGUUUGCUUAUCGAUACAAAGAUAGAGCUGGUGGAUACACGAGAAUGCUUCGCACUCGCAUACGAGUUGGCGAUGCUGCACCAAUGGCCUAUAUCGAGUUUAUCGAUAGAGAGAACGAGCUAAGACAAUCGAACCCACCAACACCUCAACCGCCACAACGGGUGCCGCUUGACCCAUGGGCUAGAUCCCGUCUCAUGAGGCAGUACGCGCCACCAAAGGAGGAGAAAAAUUCUGAUUCCGAUCUUUAAACAAUAACAUCUCUUCUGUUCUGCUCUCGCACACCAAGAGAUCAUGUUUUUGUUUCUCCUUGAACCCAUACCUUGUUUGUUACACUAUCAUUCAAUACAUGUUUGACAAUAAUAACUUAUUACCAUUUUGGUUGAAUGUAAGUUUCCUAAAA